AAAAUUGAUGCAUUGACUACACACAAGCUGCUGCAGAAGUAUAACAAGCGUACACACAAGACGGAAGACCAGUUGGAAGCUCGACCUGAGGAAACUGCUACGUCGAAUGUAAGAUGUGUCCAAAUGUGAUGUUUGACUCCCCUGAGCUGCUUAUUGCCCACUUUAGAACCGCUCAUAAUUCAGAUCGCAUUCUGGACUUCAUUAUUUUAUCAAGAGGAUCAAAGAGGACCACUGGGCUUUACAAAUGCCUCCACUGCAAAAAACAAUUGAACGGAAUUAGUAAGAUGUGCUAUCAUAUGGACCGCCACAGAGAAAGGGAGAAUAUGAAGUCAAAGGAUGCAAAGAUGGAGACAUCAGAUGUCAUAAUGACAAUCUCCGAGGACAGAUCUGUCGAACAAGGUGAACUGCCUGUAGUGGAAACUUUGGAGGAACUUGAGUGGGACGGGGCACCAGUGGAGAUCAUGACUUUGCCAACAAGCCCUCUGUCGUCACCUACAAAACCAACAGAUCAGGAGCAACCAGAGGAGGAUUCAAGAGACGACCUCCCUACCUGCAAACAGUGUGGACGGACCUUCAUGUCAGUGAAAGGUUUGCGCUCACACGAGCGUAGCCAUGCAGCAUUUGCAGCCAUCAAGAAACACACACUGCCUGCGUCAGUCCCAAGGCACAAAAUUAACAAAUACAUCAUCUAUAAAUCUGGUACCACAAAGCCUUUUGUGUGUAGUUUCUGUUCUUAUCGGACAAACGUCAUGGGCCUGUGGAGAAGACAUUUCAUGAAAAGUCAUCAAGAUAUUCUUGAGGAUCCGACUGACGCUGAAGACCAAGAUGAGGGCAGCGCUCAGAGCGACGUGGAGCCCAAUCCAUCAGAAGAAUGGAGCGAUAUUCCUACACAUGAUGAAAAACCUGAAAUGAAUAAAAGAUCCCUGUACUCGGAGCCUCCAAAUGUGCAGCAGCAGUUGAACCAAUAUAACUUAAUGGCACAGGUUGGUGCUUCAUCAAAAGUGACCAUGAAGGUAACCAGGUUAACUAACAGCAGCGUGCUUUAUUGUGAGCUCUGCGACUUCAACACCGAACACCUGAGCAGUAUACGACGGCACUACUCAAAUCGCCAUGGAAAGAAACUCCACAAGUGCAAGGACUGUGAAUUUUUUACUUGUUCAAGGAAAACCCUGAAAAUGCACAUGGACAGGGGUCACUCAGCAUGCCCGUCAGAACCUACUCAUCAGAAAGACAUCUGCUGCCCUUUCUGCCUUUACCAGACUAAAAACAAGAACCACAUGAUUGAUCACAUCAUCUUGCAUCGGGAGGAACGUUUGGUGCCAAUCGAGGUGCGACGCCCGAAGCUGUCGCGUUACCUUCGAGGCAUGGUGUUCCGCUGUCACAAUUGCACUUUCACAUGCGGCAACGCUGAAAACCUGCAUUUGCACAUGAUGAAGCACGAUAGCGUCAAACCCUACAAGUGUCGACUGUGCUUCUUCGACUGCGCUCAGCUCAGCGACUUGGAGGCACACCUGAGUGAUAAACAUCAGGUCAUAAGGAAUCAUGAGCUUGUCGGUCAGGUCAGCCUGGAUCAGCUAGAGGCGAGGAGAAGGACGCCAGGAGAUGAAGAGGAGCUCUUGGAUGACUCGGAGCGACACAACAAGGAGACGAUAAAAACAGAGGAGAUCGGCUCAGACUAUGAUGAAGUUCAACAGGAGAUGCAAGCUAAAAAUCCUGGAGAGAAUGAGAUGAUGGAGAUAAUGACCUUUAAGAUCGAGGACGAUUACCAGCAGCAGGAUAUGGGUGGCACCAAAAGAAAUGAAGAAGGACCUGAGAGUUUAUUAUCAGACCUGGAAAAUACUGUGGACCAAAAUAUUGGUGAAAGCAUGGAAUUUAAGAACUGCAAAGGUCCAGAGAAAGAGAUGCAGACAAAGGAGAACACAGCCCGCACCUCACUGAGAGAUUGUGGAGACAGCAGUACGAGGAUCACGCAUGAAAACAAACAGGAUGAGAGCUUGUGGGGUAAUGUAGCCAAAAAGUCACAAUUCCAUAUUGAGGGGCUUCAGAAAAAUGUGUGUAUCACCGGGGACAGUGUAAAAACAACACACUUCACAUGAUGGUCGAUCCGGAGAGAGAGAUCAAGACGGAGCAGGAGAUAAUGUAUCCAGAGAGCACCAUCGGCUUCGCCAACAACCAAAACAAUCGGUUUAGUAUGGAGGCAAACAAAAGUCAAGGACCAGAAACUACCACCAGGGCUCAAGAGAGUUUUACGUUUAAUAAUGAUCUGCUACCUUCAGUGUCCAACUGUGCACAGUUCAGAAUAAGCCACCAGGAGAGCUUAGGUGUGUCAUUGACAAAGUGCAAUGAAAAGCAAAUGCAUGAGCAGCACAACAGCGAGCAGCUCAGAGACCAAUAUGGAGAAAUGCCCGUACUUAAGAAGGAAUAUCUCCGAGAAGAAAUGGACCGUGUAGGCUGCUACUUGGCUGGAGAUCACAAUUAUUAUCGAAAGCAAGAGCAGGACAAAGAGAAGAUGAUCCGUGAAGACGAUACAGAUGAGGAACAUGUGGAACGUGAUGGGAUAAAGGAUGCAGAUAAACCCCACGUGCCCAAAGGUGCACUUCCUGUCACAGAUGGAGCUGCUGAAGGCGGCUGCCCUGUAACCACAGAGGACAAACGGUUUACAUGUGAGCUUUGUGGACGAAACCUCAUGAACAGCUUUGAUCUACAGCGACACGUGCUGCGACAUGGAAUAUAACGUCUUUCUUUGUUGUUGACAAUAAAGAGGGCUGUCCACUGUUGUUUAUGUGUGGAGAGCUACAUCUUUUAAUAAAAGUCCUCUGCAUAUUUACUCUACUGUUUAUUUCUGAGCAAUCCGGUUACAUUUUUUUUUUUUCUUUCUAAUGUCUUUUAGAUUAUUAAACCUUUUCUAAUUAUGUAUUUUACGAUAGCAAAGGAUCGUAAUUAUGUGAUUCAAGGAAUGAACUUCAGAACCAGUAUAUGGUGACUGUUAAAUGUGUGACACAUUGUCAUUAUGAUCUUUUGAGUUAUAUUAUUUGAAGACACUAAGGAAAAUCUUUGAAUAGCCAUGAUGCAAAGAAUGUCAUUUUCUGCUCCUGUACUUUGUUUGAACGGAGAGAUUUGAUAAGUGUUCAUCCUGUUAAACAUGCAAAAAAAAAGUAUUUACACUGAAUUACUGUUUCAAUGAACUGGACCAACCUCAAUACCACAGAUUGUGGAAACGCUUAUGCUGCAUUCAGGUGCUGUUGGUUAUUUGAAUACAAGUUGUCUACUUUGCCAGUGAGCAAGUAUUUUUUUUGUAUUUUUUUUUUUGCCUAGUGGCACAAUGUAUUUAGUCGUAUUCUUCAUGUAAAUAUUAAACUUCUUUUAUGUUUUAAAUCUUUUCAUCCCAGGAUAACAUUUUAUGGCUCUUGUAUGUAUAAUUAAAGUGUUACUGUUGACUGACA